CCACCACAAGCAAGACGACAGCACAGCCAUGGACACAAGCAGAGACAACGAGGAGCAGCGUAACUCCACUGCUGCUGCCACUGCGACAGAGGCGCAGGCGACAGAGCAGCAGAAACCAGAGGCAAAGCAGGAGCACAAGCGCUACAGCGGUGGAGCAGGAAAGCGGAGGCCACACUCCCAUCACGAACAACGCCACGGUGCACACGGCAAGCGGGCGAAAGCCGAUCUCGAUCCCAACAACCCGAUGCUGCCACACUUUGUGGAGUAUGCCAAGAUCUUGACCGACAGGCAAGAUCAGCGGGAGCGGCUGGUGAAGCUGAGCCGCGACGUCACCAUUGCCAGCAAACGCGUCAUCUUCCUCCUGCAGAGGUACAAUGGGACGAAUGCGGAGACUCUGAUUGCACAAGCCAAUGAGAAGCUUGCGUCCAUCCACGCAACCAUCCGAGCCAUUGCCAAGGAGUUGGAUGGCACAGAUCCAGCCAUGCACCACAGAGCAUACUCACCAGGCAUGCAGGAGUACAUUGAGGCAAUCACCUUCAUGGCAUACAUCAAGGAUGGGUCGCUGCCAUCACCAGAGGACAUUGCAGCCCUCAUUUUCGAUGGCGCUGGCGACGAUGAUCCGCGCAUGGCUAUCGUGUCUACCGACUACAUUCUCGGCAUUGCCGAUCUCACCGGCGAACUCAUGCGGCUGUGCAUCAACAACGCCACAGACAACACCAUCCCCUUUCAAAUCUGCGAACGCAUGCGUGACAUCUACGAAGGCUUUCUGUCCAUUUCGCCCAAGAUGCGUAUGAAGGACUUUGAGAAGAAGAUGGAGGUGAUGGGAAACUCGCUCCGAAAAGUCGAAAAGAGAACACACACGUGA